ACCUCAUCCCUGGUGUGGGAUGACGUCAAAUUCAAGAUGGAUGGAAUCACGACCAGCGCGAAGAAAUCUACACAACACUGAGUAAAGUCGUGGCCGUGUGGGGCAAGGCACCUAUUCGCGACGGGCAGGCCAUGGAGAGCCUAGUGCAUUACAGCAACCCCUCCCAUGCCCUUUCAGUGUUGGGGGUUCUCAAUGAGCAGCGUCUGCGGGGACAGAUGUGUGAUGUAGUCCUAAUUGUGGCCGACCAGCGGUAUCAGGCCCACAAGAGUGUUCUGGCUGCCAGCAGUGAGUAUUUCCAGUCCCUGUUCACACGGAUGGAUGCAGAGUCACUAAAAGAUGUAAACCUGGACUUCUGCGAGCCAGACGCCUUUGAGAUAGUUUUGAAUUACAUUUACUCCUCCUCACUGUUUGUGGACAAAGGCAGCUUGGCAGCCAUUCAGGAGCUGGGCUACAGCCUUGGAAUCCCUUUUCUCACCAACAUUGUGUCAACAAGGCCACAUGCAUCCUACUGUGUGUCUAGGAAAAGGCUUUCAUUCUCAGAGGGUGAGGAAAACGAUAUCCACACAAGAAGUGUUAUUGUGUGCCGGGUCCGGAAUGACUCGUCUCAUCCACACUUAAAUUAUCAGAGAAAACCAGCAGAGAAACCAUUAUCUCCUCGACCCACUGGAGAGUCUGCUCAGCUUUUAUCAGAACACAACUUGAAUGAAUCAGUGAGGAAAUCUGAAUCCAUUCACAGGAGAUUAUCCCAACAGACUGAAGCUACUGAGAGGAAGUCCUCUUAUCCAUACAACUCCAUAUUAAAGGAGAAUCCAUCACGCAUUACUCCUGUUAGGCCUCAGUUAACAUCAUCUGUGUCUUUCAGUGAUGCUGAAGUGCAGCACAUCACAUACACAAAAGAGGAAAAUGAGGAGCAGAACACCAAAGUGCCCUUUCAGGGUCAGGCCAGUGAGCCAAGCCAGACCAUCGACAGGAGUGGACCACUCAUAAAAAGCCUGCUCAGAAGAUCUCUAUCCAUGGACAGUCCUGUUCCAGUCUUCUCACCCACACUGGAGCUCAAGGAGCUAAAACUUCGAGAACAGUCAGUUGUUAAAAUGGCAUCAAAAGCAUCUGAGCCAGAAACAUCUACUCACAAUGGGAGUUCUAAAAGAACAUCACCUCUGGUUCUCAGGCCAAAGUACCCCAGCAGGUAUGAUGAACAAACUCAGGUAGAAAGGGAGGUUAACGUGAAGGCUGAGCCAAGCAGUCCACUCGCAGACCCCAUGGACAUUAUUCGAAUCACAGUGGGAGAUUCUUUGCCAGUUAAUCUUAGAGACUUGCAAACAAAUUAUGACCAAGGUUUGAAGCCUGUUAUGAAUCCUCUGGGUAGAAGAAAGGACAGGCCAGACAACAGAAGGUACCCAUUCAAGAAAAGCAGAUUCUUUAAAGAGCAUGCCCUCACUGAUAAGAACAUAUCGGAAACUGUACUUCACACUGCCAGCAAUGACACAAAUGAUGAGAGCAGAGAGCUGCCUCCAAACAAGAUUUUUAAAUGCUGGAACUGUUUAAAGGUUUUCAGGUCCAGUGCUGGAUUGCAUCGUCAUGUAAAUAUGUAUCACAACCCAGAAAAGCCGUAUGCUUGCGACAUCUGCCACAAGCGCUUCCAUACCAACUUCAAAGUGUGGACACACUGCCAGACUCAGCAUGGCGUAGUACAAAAUCCGGCCUCGUCCUCCAGCUCCUCUGUACUGGAUGAGAAAUUUCAAAAGAAAUUAAUCGAUAUUGUGCGAGAGAGGGAAAUAAAGAAAGCGUUGCUGUGGAAGCUGAAGAGAAAUAAGCAGGGUUUGCUGUCGCCUGCACUUGCCAAGAAGAGAUCAAGGCCCGGCUUCAUAUGUCCUUACUGUGGGAAAGUAUUUGUGUUCCAGUCUCAGUACAGGCAGCAUUUAAGGACACAUCCUGCUGAAAAAGCUGAGCAGGACACAACAAGCGAGAGUCACCUCUAUCAGGAACAGGAUGAGAUCAUUCAACAGGAGAGCACGGACAGUGGUGUUUACUCCUGUCGGCUUUGCAACCUGAAGCUGUCAUCACUCUUCGAACAGGGAGAUCAUGAGAGAGGUUGUCAGCACGCAACUGUGUGCCCUUACUGUGGCCUCCGAUUCUCUAGUCCGACAGUCAAGAAGGACCACGAAGCACAUUGUAAGUACAAAAAGCUGACCUGUCUGGAGUGUAUGCGGACCUUUAAAUCCUCAUUUAGCAUUUGGCGGCACCAGGUGGAGGUCCACAACCACAACAUAAUGACUGUUAAAGAGCAGAUUCACCUGAAGCAACUGGAGAACAAUGAGGAGGUUUCUGAAAUGCUGACGGAGGAGAGUUACGGCGAUGAACCUCCAACAACUGGAGGCUCAAGAGAAAACAUCAGUUACAGUGACUCCUCAGGUCCUCCCAUGUAUGAUUCAGAGGACUCUUCAUCCUAUGCUCCUGAAGACCUGAGCAUGGGUCACCAUGGCAAGCUGGUAGUGAAGGAAGAGCCUUUAGAGGAGGCUGUGAGUGAGAGGGACAACACAGAGGCUGCCAAAGCUGCGGCAGAGGAGCCUGGGGUGUGGCCAUGCGAGAAGUGUGGAAAUCUUUUCAGCUCUCGCAAAGACCUGGAACGACACCAGGAGCUGCUGUGCCACAUCAAACCGUUCAUCUGUCACAUCUGCAACAAAGCCUUCAGGACCAAUUUCCGCCUUUGGAGCCACUUCCAGUCUCACAUGUCGACUUCUACCGAACCUGGAGCCAAAGAGAUCGACCAGCACUCCUCACCUCUGUCCCCCUCCCCUCCCAUGACCCCUCUGAACUCUGAGCGUCCAUCCAAACAGGCCUCCAUGCUCAAAUCCACUCAGAUAGUGCCAGUGGUUGCCAUGAUGGCCGAGGAGUCCAACAGCCCUGAGCCCUGUAGUUCAUCAGCCAGCAAGUUGAAAAGGCCCGAGCUAGACCGGCAGCCUAGCAGCCGAAGCCCUCUGUCAAGGUCAAACAGUACGGAGAAUCCAGGGGGUUCUCAGGAAUCCGAUACACUCUUUUACCACGCACCGUCUCUGUCUGCUCUGACAUUCAAGAGGCAGUACAUGUGCAAGCUCUGUCACAGGACCUUCAAGACGGCCUUUAGCCUCUGGAGCCACGAGCAAAGUCACAGCCACAUGUAAUAAUCAAACAACAGCAGGUUCUAUUAGGAGACAAUAAAUCAGUAAAGGAUAAACACCUCAGCCGACACAUAGGAGACAUUGAAUGUAUAGCUUAUUGGCUCGCCUCCGAUGUCAUUUAUAAAAGUGGCUAUGUUCUUUAGAGGUGUAAACGUGAAUGUGCAAUGAAGUGCUAGAUUAAAAAUGGUUCAACUUCCUCUCAAACUGAACUGUAAGCAUUUAUUUUAGUUGUUUACUUGUAAUGAUCUAUCUAGGUGUUUUGAGAAAGCAAGGUAACCCCCCCCAAGUGUAGGAAAAGUGCUUUAAAAACUCCAGAGACUGUAAUUUUGUGCUUUUGCUUUUGUAUCUCUUGGUGUCAGUGACAUCCCCUGUGAUGAUAUUGGUGGCCUCAACAAUGUAUUUAAUAUGCACUUUGUUUGACACUUUGAUUCUGUCGUUAUGGAGUUUUAGUCAAAAAUGUUUUCUUUGAUCCCUAGGUUUCCAAACCAAGGGAAACCAGGCUGCAGAUGUCAGAUUAACUAUUAGGCCCAAGAGUUUCCUUUCUCCAUAUUUAGUAUUGAUCUGUACUUUCUAUUCCUACCUUUGAGUCUUGUGUUCCUUUGAAUCAUUUGAUUUAGUGGGCUGAUUGAAUCCGUCAGUAUGACGUAAUGAACAUCAAACACACCUCAAAUACCUGUUGUUUAAGGCACUUCAUCUCUUUAUGUUGCUUAGAUAAACACCUAACAGUUUUCAUUCAGCAUCUACACUAUGUGCUGGAUUUAGUGCAAUUUUCAGAUUUUAAGACAUGUUCUUUGGUGCUGAGACCGGCCGUCUUGUAAAAAAUGGGGGUAAUUGCGAGUGAAUAUUCACAGCAAGCACACGGCGGUAAUGCGGAUUAUGAUUUUACUGAUUUGAAGUGAGACUCACAAUUUCUGAAAGUCCGCCCACCCAGUGCACCACCAGUGUUAUGUACAUACGCAGACAUACAGAUUUGUGCAAUCAAACAGAAUUGGUAAUAAACAAGCUUUACAGUGCUUUAAUGGCCUUAUGCAACUUGAAAAAAAAACUAUUUUGUGAAUAUUAUUUUACAUGAAGCACAAUUGAAUUUCAGAUGACCUAUGACUCAGGCACUUCAGGGUAGUCAAGUCACGAAGAGGCAGAAGAAUGAGAAAUUAAAUAAAUCUUCUGCACUUAUUCUAUGGAAUGGCGAGAGAAUGUUUCUGCUUCCUAAAGAUUUGUUAUUAAUGAUUGUGUUUUGAUUGUAUUUCAGGUGUUUCUCACUUCUGUUACUAGUAUAUACUUCUGCUUUGGCUUGAUGGUUUAGAAUUUGUCAUAUAUUAUUCUGUUUGUUCCUAUUUGGGGACAUGUCACAGAGUGCUUCACACAAACUAUAGGAAGUUGCUUUCCACUAAACAAGCGACUAAAGCUGCAUUAUGACUUCAUAGGACACAUCCUGUAUUUAUAGUGCUUUUUAUUUCUUUGUGAGGAAAAUCUUUUUAACUGUUUCAUAGAUGAUGAUCAGAGUUGUGUAUAUGGAAGUGUUUGUAUUAUGUAUUUUGUACCAAUUUUGUUAGUAACCAAAAGUUUGAUCUUUUUAAGUAUUCCUGUGCUCUUGCUGCAAUAAUGAAUAUUUGUAUCAGCAUUGGUUGCGUUCUUGUUGCUUUUGGAGAUUUGCAGCCGUUUUGUCUUUAGGUUUUUCUACAGGUUUUGUGCUUAAUUUCUGUAAUAAACAGUAAUAAUGGACAAUAUUUACACAUA